AUGGAGGUAGAGUUGAAGUGCUACGAUUUAUCAAAGGGUGUGGCAUCGAUGAUAGCGGGUCCACUAUUGGGUCUGGAGUUAGAAGGUGUGUGGCACACGUCUAUUCUAUUCGGCGGAAUUGAGUGGUUUUAUGGAGGUGGUAUCCAGCGUGCUCCCCCGGCAGUGGUGGAGCGUGAGUAUGGUAUGACGCCUUUGAAGGUGUUGAAGUUAGGGCGUUCGUCGGUUACGGUGGAGUCAUUACAUGCGUGGUGUAAUGAGCACGCGGAUGAGUUUAGUGAGACGCAGUAUGACUUCCUGGCACAUAACUGCAAUCAUUUCAGCGACGCUGUCGCACGUUUUCUUCUCGGUCAAGGUAUCCCCCAUGAGGUGUUAAAUCAGCAUGAAGUCAUCUCCCGUAAUCCGGGCGGCAAGAUGCUUGUUAACAUGGUCGACGCUUUUCAACGCCAGGCCAGACAGUCACAAGCUCAAGGAGGACUCGCCGGCUUCCUCGCUACCGGCCGUCCUGUCGCACAGGAAGCUCCCAUCCCGCAAUGGUCGAAUGAACCUGACGCAUUCGAACAUUCUGUCAAACAAUUAUGGGAAGACGAAAGCGUUAAUAUGGACGUGAAAAAAGAAAGCCUUCGACGUCUUCAUCUACUCGCACAAAAUUUAGUCAACAAUGCCACAGACCCAAAAUUCCGCACCGUCAAAGCAGACAAUGCCAAACUCCGAGCCUCUCUACUCGCAUCUAAAACAGGUGCAGACGCUCUAGUAGCUCUCGGCUUCAAUCAAGAACGAGCCCCAGACGGUACUCUAGUAUAUACAGUCGGACAAAAAAUCACCAAAGAACUUCUCAUGCAUCUUAACAGAGCAGCCAAACUACUUGCACCUGUUGCACGCGCCACAGAACAACAGGUCACUCCCUCACCACAAAAUUUGGAGACUUCUUAUUCCUAUCAGCUGAGACACCUCAGUGAGCUAGGCUUUGUAAAUCGCAAACGCAACCUCAGGAUUCUGCAUGAGGUCCACGGAAAUCUCAACCAAGCGAUUGAUCAACUUUUGGCAGAUAACGGCGCACAAGAUGAAGACGACGACGACGACGACUACGCCUAG